CGGGUACUGCAGCACAGCCAACCUAUGAGGCCAAAGACACCAAUAUGGCGGAGGCUUCCUUUGGGAGUUCGAGCCCUGUUGGCUCUUUGUCCUCAGAGGAUCAUGACUUUGAUCCAACAGCUGAGAUGUUAAUUCAUGAGUAUGACGAUGAGAGAACUUUGGAGGAGGAAGAGCUUUUGGAGGGAGAGAAGAAUUUCAGUGCUGAAUUGUCAGACCUGGAGAGGGAGGGGAAUAUGCCGAUCGAGGAGUUGUUGGCUAUGUAUCGUUAUGAGGCGCCAGUCAGUACAGGGGCGGGAUCUAGCAUGGACAGUUCCUCUGUUGAACUAGCUGAUGAUCUGCCUGACAUGACCCUGGAUAAGGAGGAGAUCGCGAAAGAUCUCUUGUCAGGAGAUUAUGAGGAGGAGACCCAGUCCUCUGCUGAUGACCUGACCCCUUCUGUUACCUCCCACGAGGCCACAGACUUUUUCCCUAGAACACUCAGAUCCAGAGCAAUAUAUGAUGGUGAUAAAGAAUCUGAGGGGGAGGAGGAUGGUGUAAGCAGUGAAGAUUCUAAAAAGGAAAUAAUGGUCGGAUCUCAGUAUCAAGCAGAAGUUCCAAUGGGGCUCAGCCAUUAUAAUGAUGAUGAAAAAGUGUACGAGGAGGAAGAUCAGCUGCUGUGGUGUCCUGAUGUGCUGUCAGAGUGUAAAGUGAAAGACUACCUCAGAGAAGCGCUGUCACAGUCUACAGAUGACAGCACAGAGAAUUCCACAUUUGAACACAUACGAGAUAACGAACAGGCCUUGUUGGAGCUUUUGAAAUGUAAUUACGACACCUGUGAGGCACUGACGCGAUACCGCAGUAAUGUGAAGACUUCGAAAGAAGAAUCCCCACCGUGGUUAGAGGAUGAAUGUAGGAACUUUGAACAUGCGCUGCAGAUUUAUGAGAAAAACUUUCAUCUUAUUCAGAAACACAAGAAUAAUGGCAUCUACGCUUAUGUUUGUCUGUCUGCAUCCAGACCAGACAGUGGACCUUCACCCAAGAACGAGCACAACACAGCCCUACACGGUCAGCGCAGACCUUGCCACUGUCGCCUUCUGGCUUGCUUAGUUGGGGACUGA